AUAGUUAUUUUCAGUCAGGGGUUGAAGGAAGUGAGAAAGAAACAAUACGGUGAAGCUGUGUUUCAGAAGCCACUGGGAUAUUGUCGUAGCAAAACAGAAACAAGCUGCAACCGCAUUGGAUGUGGAAGCAGACUAAUGAACUGCCAAAAAAAGCUUGAAGGUGACGCUUAUUUCACUGGGAGUCCUCUAGAAGUGCAGAUACAGUUUGCUGCCCUAAUGCUGUAAAUAGGUGGGACUUGUAAGAGUUUUAUAUUUGGGAGUGGAUCCUGGAAGCCAUUCAAAGAAAUGUAAAUGUAGUUGAGGUCUCUGAAGAAUUUAACACCUCUGAAUGGCAUUUAAAAAAGAUUUAAUGGAAGAUGAAAAAAAGCCUCUCCCUCUGUAAAAAGCAUUUUGGAUUUGUUUACAAGUGAUUCGCCUUUGCUUUGGGCAACAUGGAGACGCUUUCACAAGACUCCAUACUGGAAUGCCAAAUUUGUUUCAAUUAUUACAGUCCCCGACGAAGGCCAAAACUGCUAGACUGCAGACACACAUGCUGCUCAGUGUGUCUCACUCAGAUGAGGACCAGUCAAAAGGAAAUAAGGUGCCCGUGGUGCAGAGGAGUGACCAAGCUGCCAGCUGGUUUCUCAAUAUCCCAGCUACCUGAUGACCCAGAUAUUAUUACAGUUAUUGCCAUUCCACAUGCCUCAGAACAUACACCAGUCUUCAUCAGGCUCCCUAGCAAUGGAUGCUAUAUGCUACCACUCCCCAUUGCCAAGGAAAGGGCAUUGUUGCCAGGUGAUUUAGGCUGUCGCCUUUUGCCAGGAAGUCAGCAGAAGGCUGCUGCAGUGGUGACCGUCCCUGAGCAGCAACCUUUACAGGGAAUGCCAGUCCCAGAAAAUGAAGAAGAGGAAGUAGAAAGGAGGGGAGGUGUGAAAAGCUCCACCUGGUCCGGUGUCUGCACUGUCAUACUGGUGGCCUGCGUCCUUCUCUUUCUGCUUGGCAUUGUCUUGCACAACAUGUCCUGUAUAUCAAAGAGAUUUACUGUCAUCUCCUGUGGUUGAGAAGAUGCCAGAGUGGGGAAGAACAAUGGCAUAUGUGUGUGUGUUCAAACAGGGUGGGAUGACUGACUGUGUAGAAAAGUCAGUUUUGUCACUUAGAAAAUCUUCUGCAUUCCAUUGCUGUGCAAAUCACAGGCGUUGGGCUGCAGACAUAAUCGCAGAAGCCUUUCUUUAAAGCUGCCCCUCAAAUCCACCCCACCACUGCUGCAUAUCAAAUAGGAAUGUGAUCGAGAAGGCAUUAAGCGUUUAAUUUAACUUCUGUUUGGCCCUCUCUGCAGUAGAGGACAUUGCAUGCAUCACUGCAUAAGUGAGAGGUCUACAAACAAGGAGGAGAGCAAAACUUUGAUGAAACAAUGCCCCCAGGAAGCUUCUGCAUUUGGCUGAAGAUGCAGUGUACAAAUCAAAUAAAAGUUUUAUUUAUUACUGGUAAUGCAGUAUGUAAAUAUUUAGAAAAUAAUUUCCAUCACAGGUGUUGUGCUGUAAACAUAAUGCAACACAGCAGUGUGGCUUUGUGCUUAUUUAUUUAUUUUUUGUUUCCCCUUUUUUCCAAUCUAGUUUCUAAGGUAAACUUAUUCUUGAUGUUGCUAAAGCUUAGAUUUUAUCCAUCUAUUAUAUAUUAUAGUCUAGACUGGUAAGACAGUCAUGUCUGAAAGAUGGAAUGUGAUAUUAUAUUAAUACCAGCAGUUAAGGCAGAAGCACAGACUGUUAUUUAUAAGAGAAAAUGUUGUCAUGGUGCCAUAAAAUAGAUUUGUUUGUCUUUCUUGCAUUGCCUAUCUUCUGGUUAAUGCAUUUUGGGAACUAUAUGGUGGAGAAUGGGAAUGGAACAUUUGUGGAGUUCAAAAUAAAAUAAAAUCUAUCAGGAUCUUAAGCAUUGCUAUUAGAAACCAAAUGAGCUUGUUGAGCUGAACAGUGUCCUCUCUAUUAAGAGGCUGAUAUUCAGCCUCAGAAUCAAAGAUGUAGGAUGCAUUUGCUUUAUUGCACUGUUCGCUCCUGCUUCCAUUGACUUGAGUAAAGGAUGUUGUUAAGGUACACUUGUUGACAAUAUUAGACAAGUCAUAUUGCGGUUUCUUCUUCUUUGCUUCGUGGCAAUAUGCCGUGGUCCAUGACUCUUCAGCAGUAUGUGAUGUACCAUUUUGUACUGUUUGAGUUUGUUUCUGAAAAUCAGCCAGGUGAAACAAAACUAAGUAGCCUUGCAUAAAAGCAUGAGGGAGUGAGAGGCCCGUCACUUGAGAAUGUGCCACAUGUCAUACAAUUUGGGAUGUAGCAAAGUGUCUUACACUGUUGGCACAGUGCCAAAAACAAAAUCAGCAGUGUGCAAAUAAAAGGCACAUGGUAUUCAUUUGGGUUUUUUGUGACUUGUGCAUUAGCUUGUUUAACUUUACUUUCUGUGGGUUGGGGUGGGAGUUUGCUUCCUGGCAGAUCCAGCAUCCUCGAUUUGAAUCUCACACGUGGUUGUUGUCUGAAUGGAUGUUGAACACUCUACCUUUGUCUACAUGGAUUUUUCUCUUGUUAAUAUGGUUUCUCCCUCAUCUCCAAAGAUGUGUAUGUUAGGUGAGUUGGUAAUUGUUAAAUUCUCCUUGUGUGGAUUAGACAGUAUUGUGGUUGUUUAAAAACAAACAAACAAGCAAAAAUAAAUAAACAACCGAGCUAUAUUUAGAUUAGACUCAGUAAGUCCCUUAUGGUCUAGGCCGAGUUUUCCACCUUUUCCAGAUAAUCACUAGAGUUGGCAUCCUAGAUGUCACCAUACAGACCCGAAAGUUAAAAGUUGAGGACCAGAAUGUUAUACAUAAAACUGUAUUGUGAAAAAAAUAUAAUUUAGAGCUGUUGAGUUAUACAAAUAUUUAAAUAUCAGACUGAAAUGUUAAUAGCUUUAUUCAUCUGCCACAAACUGGGCCUUUCCACUAGGACAGCUUGUAGAUCAUAUGAAACCUCUCCUCUAGUCACUGUAAACUGAUCACUAGUUACUUGCCUGUAUUGUAUAAUUCAUUAUAAAACGGGAUUAUUCUGAACCUCUUGCAAAUAGCUCUUGUCUUAAAUGCUUGAUUUUUAGAUGCAGUAUAUCAAAACAAAUUUUAUAAAAUAAUCCAUGGGGGGCUAGUGUUGCAGCGCUUAGCAGUAUUACCUUGUAGCUCCAGACUCCUGGGUUUGAUUCUUGACUCGACCUGUGACUCAUUUUAUUUAUUCUCCUCCUCCUCGCCUGAAGUUUAUUCCAACAUGCCAAACAUUUGCAUGGUAGGUUGACACCUGUGUUAAAGUGUAGGUGUAAAAGUGACAGUGUCCUGUGACUGAAAGGCAUUCUGCCAGGGUUGGUCACUGCCUUAAGACUGGUAUUGCCAAGAUUAUAGUUACCUGUGUCCCUGUAGAGACAAAUAGGUAUUCAGAAAAUGGUUGGAUGGAUAGACGAAGACAUGGAGGAGCCCGCUUUAGUGAUACAGAUAUCAAACAGUUUAUGAAAUAUAUAACAUGUUGUUGUUUAGAAUUGUACCGUCUCACACCUAAUAAAAUACCACCCUCUCCUCCAACUGCUUGUGAGGCAUCUUAUAAAUCAUUCCAGCCAUGUGAGCAUCUUUCAGGCAAAGGAUUAGAGAAUUAAUGCUUCCAGUCCCUUUCUGUUUCUUUUUUUAUUCUAGUAAUGAGAGCCAAUGAAACAAGUGAGCUUACAGUAUAUUCUAUAAAAAAUACAGUAAAUGCUUUCAAGUACAAAUUAUGUCAAUUUUUUAUUAAAAAGUAUUAAACACAUGUUAUUGUAGACUUCUAAAUGUUGUGUUUUCUAACAUGGAUGUAUAUGUCAUAUGUUCGAUGUUGUCAUGACUUUCUGGGCUGCAUCACCAGUGCGUGUGUGUGUAUGUGCAGGCCCCUAUACAGUAAUAUACAGUAUUUUUAGUAGUUUGGCAUCUGAAUGUUUGCUAGAGCAGAUCAUGAGUGAAAACAGAGUGGCUGACCUUAGUCUAUCUGCUGUUUAGAAGUGGAGCCUUGUUAAAGGACAAAUACAAGACCAAAAGGUGAAGUUUAUGAUAGCGUUUCUUCUUGAGUGACGCUUUACAGUUAUACUUUUGUCCAAUUGUUUACAACCAAAAAAUCAAAUCCAAACCCAUUUUUUAGGUUGAAGAGCAAAGAAUGCUUUUGUUGUUCAGAAUCCCUAAAGCCAUAGAGAUUAUGUUUAGUUCAAGACAAGCCACUGUAUUUCCCUUGGAUUUUUAAUUAGGGGAUAUUUUCUGUCACUGUCUAACCAAGAAUCAAAAUAAUACUCUUAAUAUUUCUGUUUUUUCAACAAAGAAAGCAUAUAAAUAAUACAUUGAUUUCUUCUUUAUCAAAAAGUAGACUUUUAUAAAAGUGUGCCAGCUUUAUAAUGAACAAAUGCAAAUGGAAAUGGGUUUUACAAAUUAUUGGUAAAUUAAUAUGACUGACUGUAAAUUCAGUGACUUAAUUAUUAUAUACACGUGUGCAUAUUAACAUUUAUCAUAAGGAAUUUUGCACCGUUUUAAAGUUUUGUUAGUUUAGUUGAGAAUUACAGCCAGCUGAUAUUAACCGUGCGGGCAACCUUUAUUACUCUCGCUAUCAUUCACAGGAGAUAUUAUAUGCAUCGAAACAGUGUCAUGAGGUAACUUAACCGCUCCACUGGGCAACUGCUGAUGCUAACCUUAUAGUAAAUAAGUAUUUAUGCAUGUAUACUGCACUGCUUAUAAACUUUCCUAAAUAGUUUCAUGCCUUCUAUGGUUGAAUUUAAAAGUAAAAAUAAAAGACACUUUGCUAAAUAGCACAUAUAAAAUAUGUGAUGUUGAAAUAGAAUCAUACAGUUUAUCAGUAUAUAUUGACAUCCAUGACAGUUUUCACUAUUUCUUCAAAACUAGUAAAAAGAAAAGAAUGUUUUAUACCUUUUAUAAAACAAAUUUUACAGAUUUAGAAAGUAUAAAGAGUAAAAGAGCACCUAGAGUAGUUCACAUUACAGCACAUUAGUUUUGUAGAAAUUACAUUAUGAACUGCAUUACUCAGUCUAAACUCUCCUCAUGACCUGAUUUAUAUUUCUCCUUUGGGACCCCUCUUCUAGAUUAUGAAACAUUCUUUAUAAAAAUACCACUAGUGCUUUUAUUCCCCAAUACUUAUGCCUUUGAUUUAUAACAUGCACAUUUCUAUUCAUUUCAAAUGGAUUUUUGAAAAUCUUUCUCUUGACACAUAUAUUACUGUUGAAAUGUAAUUGUUAGUUUUGUGUGGGGGCCGACGAUGGUGAAGACGAGAGCAAGAUUCCAAUUAUUUUUUUCUUACUCUUUUCCAUUUCACAUAUUAAAACACAGAAUGUAGUAUUUUCAGCCUUUGUUUUCUUUGCUCUGCUUCCCUACAGGGUAUUUUUUACAUCUGAGAUAUUAGAAGUUGAAGACUACCAAAUUAAAACUGGCUUAUGUAGUAAACAGGAUGUUUAAGUUGAUUUUAAUUAUCUUUAGGUAUAAAACAAUGGGUGCCUCAGAUAGCAGUAGUUUUGCAAGCAGAUCAAAGGGAAGCCAUGGUCCACAAUACAGACUGCUUUUGCAUUACUUAACAGCACUGAGGUGAACCUAAGAAAAUGGUCUAAUCAGAUGAUGAUGUGCCUGUGUAUUUAUAUAUGCCUGCCAGACCUGGCUCAAGUAUACUUAGUCUGUAUUUGCAGCUCCCAUCAUAUAGACAUUAAGAAAACAUAUUAGGUAGUACUUGUUUUAAAAUGUGUGUAUCUGAAAAAACAAAGGAUUUAAAAAGUUUUUUUUCUCAAUCUUAAAUAAUUUGGGGAAAUGUUUAUAAUUUAACCCUUGUCUCUACAUAUGUUAUAGUUAUGUCCCUUAACCUUUUUCCCCCACUUUGCAUUCUCUUAAUUGAAGUUUUUGGCUGUUGUGUGUUCCAGCCAUUAAUGAUUUCCACCAAAUUUCUUCUGUAUAAUGCCAUGAGUGGCUUGAUAUCACUAGUCAGGCUGCAGAACCCCCUAACUCAAUGGCAAAUUUCAUGGUCAAUUGAGCUUGUCCAUUUCUCCUAAAUAUCAUGCAGUUCACACUUUUAGCAAUCCAAUAAAAAUGUAUCACACUUUUUUUUCCAUUUCAAUCUGCCUUUCAGUAUGCAGCAUGAUCUGAAAGGAAUGCGAAAGUGCAUUACAUUAAAUAUAAAAUAUUAAAUAUAUAUUAUUCUAUUUUAUUUGAGCUUGUACCAGGAUCCCACAAAUAGUAAAGCUGUAGGCUUGAUAAAUUUUGUGUUACAAAUGCUGCAAGACCUGUAGGUGUCUCCUGAUGAGUUAACUCGACAAAGUAUAUCCAUCUUGUUUGAAAACCUGAAAAACUGUUCUGCAGUACCCUGGAGAAAGUGCAAUGAAAACUUUGUCUAAUAUGUAUUAUCUAAUUAUUAUUAUUAUAACUUUUAUAAUAGAGCAAUAACCAAGGUGUAACAGAAAAAAAAAUAGCACAUGCAGCUAUUGGGAGUUAAAUUCACAGAUUGUAUGAACUGAUUAUCGAGUUAGCUUAGUUUUCUUCCUGCUUGUAUUACUGACUAUUUGAAAUGCAAACUGAAGAGUUCUCUUUUUUUAAAACCUUUAGGUCACACUGCUCAGUUUAGUGUCAAAUAGAAUAAGUGAGCAAAUAGAGAAAAAUGUGGCAUUAUGUUUAAGAAGCAAACAAAUGUAGUGUAUAUCUUGGCAUUGCAUAUCCCUGCUUUCUUUUUGGUUUUAUUUGAUUGAAUAGAAAAGUGACAUAGCAUUAAAUUUUCUGUCUAGAGUGAGGAAAGCCAGAACAAGCUAAUGUAAAAGGAAAUGGUGUUUAACUUUCCUUCCUUGAAAGGCAGUCAAGUCAAAUCUGCUAAGGUCCCUGUAUGGCUUGUCAUAGUUUGUUUUGGUUCUAGUUAUUCAUGAUGUUUUUAAACUAUUGGUCACUCAUCAUACCUAUUUAUACCUAUAUAGUUUACAUUUCUCUAUCUGGGGAAUAAAAACUGUUAGGCUAGAACAUAGAAAAGUAAAAUAUAUCACUUACACCUAAAGAGGAUGAUGAUGAUGAAGACAUUGGGUUACACCAUGAAGAAGUCUUUUUAGAUGUAGACAGACUUAACCAAAUUAUUGUAUAAAAUCAUGUGGCAAUUUUAUUAACUGAUUAUUAUAAACAUUGAUCAGGGCUAAAUAACUUAGUCAAAGGGGAAUCUGACUCUAAAUGGUAAAAAAAAAUAUCGAAACAGAUACCUUAUUGCCUGUGUGUCGCUACUGACAGCUUUGUAUAAAUGCCCCAUUUACUGUGUAUUUUAUUAAAAAAAAAAAUAAAGAAAGAAAAAAGAUGCAGUCAUUCAAAUAAAUGGACAGAUCAGAUUUUCUGCUGUAAUUGCAUCCUUAAAUGGCCAAGAUUAAAUCCUACAAAUAUUUCCCAUUUUUGGUUCCUUGCCAAAGCACUGUGCUAAAUACAGCUGUUCAAACAGUUAAAAGAAGAAGCUGAGGAACCGCAUGAUUGUAAUGUCCAACCAAUAAUUUACAUGUCGCUCCCUAGCUGUCAUUUUAAUAACCUACAGAUUCUCAUAUUCAGAAACCAGCAGUAGUAUUCUUGCAACGAAUGACUUUUACAUUUGAAAAGAAAACCUUUAGCUGCAGUGUGAUACGGUGUCAAUCAAUGCUUUACUUUUAUGAUGUUAAAUAAGAAUGUAUUACUUUGAACUCUAAGGGCUUGAAUAUACAGUACCAUACUGCUACUCUUUCAAGACCUGUCAAAACCCACUCAGUUUCUGCCUCUCCUACACAAAAGGAGUCUGAGUUUAAUGUUUUAGAACAUGCUGUAGAUAAGAAAGCAACAGGCAAAUACUACCAAGGGACAUGGAGGAUUUAACUUUUUGGUUCACUGAAUGUGCUUUCUUAAUACUGUAUGUUAGGCUAGGAAGCUUUCAGAAAGUAUUGGUAGCACAUUUGCCAAACAUGCAGGGCUACUUCUGCUUAUUCAAGUAAUGUAAUUUAACCCAAGCAUCACAUUGCACUGCUUAUCUUGUACAACAUAACUGAAGAGCUGCUACUUUAUUUGCUUGUUUUGGUGAAAAGGACAGCAUAAUGUAGGAUGUUUAGAAAACAAAUCUAUAAAGUUGGAAUAUGAACAUGUAGGCUAUUUGUAAUAGUAAAAUAGAUGGCGUAGCCUAUGUAAGUAAAGGUGAUUUCAUGAAAGCUGUAACUGCUCUUUCUUCUUGUGUUCAUCCAUUAUUGGCCUACAUUAUAUUACCGUCUUGUCUCUUUUUCAUUGGCCGUGUUUUUUUUUUUCUUUUUCGGGUGAACUGCCACAACUGUUGUCCUGGUAAUUUAGUCUAUGCACUGUCACCUUGAGAAGCAAACAGAAAGCAAAUUUCUUGAAUGUACAAACAUAUUGAAGAUGUAUGUAUUUAUGUAUGUAUAAGCAUUAUAAAAAUGGAAGAAAAUGAAAAAGAUAAAAUGGUACUGCUUUUUUUUUUGUUAAGUAUGUAAAAGCACAUGUGCAGUUUAUGAAGUAUAAAAAAUAUUUAAUAAUGUGUGCAAAAGUCAACCAAAUAGUGGUAAGUUGACAUGAUUGGGAGUUUGUGUGCUAGCAGGUUCUACAUCUAAUUGUUUAUCAUUGUUAAUCGUUUGACUUUUUAUUAAACUUGACAGUUUUGGAUGAAUGUUGCUUAGCAGCAAACCUGUGCUAGUGACUAGGUUCUAUCAUGCAUUGUGAAGGAUUUCAGUAAAGGUUUGGUGUUUGUAAGUUAGACAUCUAUGUGUGCACACUUUCCCUGUUUUGCUUGCUGUUGUAAUUACAGAUAAAAUAUAUGCGUUUAUAAACUUGUCUGCUGAAAUGUAACACAUGUAUAGGUUGUAGGUAGACUGUUUAUUAAAAUGAAAAAAAGAAACUCGUGUUCUUUUUUUCUCUCCUUACAUACUGCCUAAACUUAGUAUAAAAUUUAACUGUCAUUUUGAAGUUUCUUCAGGCAUUGUUUUUAUAGGGAAGCAUGCAAUAACAUUGAUAGCUGUUUUCCUACCUGAAACACGUAUACUUUUAGUUAAGAAAAUUUUGUUUUGUUUUAUUGGUUUAACAAAAUCCAUCGCUCAAUUUCCUGAAUCCAGUUUUUCCAUUUUAUGGUCAUGGGACACAAUAGCCAAUCCCAGGAGCAUUAAGCACAAGGCAGGAACUAAUCCUAGACAAUACAAUGUUGUUUGUUUUUUGGUUUACUCAAAUGUGCACAUUCUCAUAGGGUCAGUGUAGAGUCCCUGGGUUAACCUAACUUGAUUACCUUGGAGACAAAUGUCCACUAGACCAGGAAGUGAACACAGCUCCUAAGAAAUAUUGAUCGUCGAGUCCAAUACUGAAUCGUGGAGGAUUAUACACCAGUAUCCUUAUGAAACAAUGGAAACUGUGAACGGAAUUUAAUGCCUUUAUAAUUUAAUCUUCAAUUCAAAGUCAUUUUAUCUCACAAAUUUACCCCAAACCAACACGCCUGCUCUAUCCACAGUUAUAUGUCCACUGUGAAUGCACUGCCUGAAGCUAUUGCCAGAAUAAGCACACAAAUAUAGUAUGCCUAUGAUGUCAAAGAAAUGUUUCCUAACAACUAUUUAAAAUGCUUCAUAAAACAAGAAGAAACCAUAUCCCAUAGUCUCUCUGUCUAAGCACUCUAUGAAUCUGCUACUGGUAUGCCAGUUCCUAAAAAUACAUUAUAUAUGUAUCUAGGAUUCCGGGAUUUAUUCAGAAAUGCAUAUUCACCCAUGGUCAAUAUGUCUCAGAGUAUAUUCGUCAUAGCUUAGUAGAGAGAGUGAGAUUGAAAACUAUACAUUUAGAGGGUUUUAAAAAAUUGUUUUGGAGAGUAUAUUAUGAACUGUGUCCAUCAAUUGUAAAUCAGUAUAUAUAGCACACUGAUUUCCAAGACAGCAAUAGUCUAAAUCAAAUGUGACUUUCUCCAGUGAAGUAUAUGAGCACUAUGAUAGUUUCUCCCGUCUAAUUUACUCCAUCAUAAACUAUAUCUGUCGAGUACAUGUCUGUUGGCAGCAUUUCACCCAGAGCAAAUUUAUGUGAGUACGUGUAAUCCACAAUGUUUUCCUGUCAGAUGCACAGAGAACUGAGUGGCAGAGCAUCGAUCAAGCGGAACAAAAUUCUGAGCCUUCUCUCGACUUAGAGCUUGGUUUAUUUAAAUGAAAUCUUUAAUUCUAUUACUGUAUUUUAUUGUUUAAAAAAAAUCUAAAAAAAAGAUUUAUUUUCCCCUGCUAACAAGAAUCAAUAAAGAAAUCAAGUGAAGAAAAUUUAAAUAGCUUGGUGUUUAAUAAACUUUUAAAAAAAUAUCAGUUGUGCCAAGAUGUGAUGAAUACAUGGAUGUAUUGUUUAGCCAAUACAUAUAGUGCAUAACACACUACAAAUAUUUUUGAAGAUGAACAUAUUAAUUUAUAUACAGGCUAUGUAUAGGCACACAUAUACACAGCAGUGUAUGUACAUACAGUACAUGUUUAUGUGUGAAUGCAGUGUAGAACUGUGCAUUUGUAUGUGCAUUUAUGCACAUGAUACACAUCCCAGUUCAAUCCCCACCUACGGUAUGCGAGUCUGUAUAUGUUUAGAUUUAUGUAUUUUUUCUUCUUUCAUGUAGGUAAAGUCCGGUUAAGAUUGUAGUCUCAAUUGUAAAAUGACCACAUAUAAACUGAUUAUCUAGAAGACAUUACCAAGCAGUUGUAAUCUUCUCCUCAAGCUAUUCCACCAUGAUCAAAGUGAAAAAAACAAUCGAAACCCUGUUUCGUUGUUUGUCUCUGUAAGUUUUUCUUUUGCCAAAAACUCCUGCUCCCUGCAAUUACUCUUGAUCUGAAUUCACUACCUUGAUGCAUUAUGCUGCUUGAAAGACAUGUUCUAAAACUUGGGCCAGCAUUUUCACCUUCUAAUGCAUUGUAGAAAAGAGAUCAGUAGUGAUAGCUUGAAGAUAAAAGCUUUCCGACUUUGAAUCCUGCACUAGUGUGGAAUUAGCACAUUCUAAUUUGGCCCUCUGUCUUUGUGUGAGAAGGUAAACUACUGUCAUUUAUGAGGUUGGAUUCUUCCAAAUGCUGUUGGGACAGGGUCCAGCCCACCACAAUCCUGAAUUGGGUUAUGUAGGUUUGAAAAUUUUACGUUAACAUGGAUUGGAAAGUUUUUUUUUACCUUGUAUAUACAAUAUACAUUAUAGAUUUAUAUUAUUAAUUAGUUAUAAACAUAAUGCAGCUUAGCUUCCUCUGAUAUUAACAAUCUGAAUGUUAAAUUUGCUUUAGCAAAUAACCUGUUCUGUGCUUUGGAAACCUCAGAUGACAAGAGAUGCAUUCACUGAAAGGCACACUUUCAAGUUGAGUUGUUGUUAUGGGUAUUUUGUUUUUUCCUUGCUGUAAUUGCCUCAGUUUGAAGUUAUCAGGCUGGAACAAGCGGCAAAUCUAGUUUACGCUUUGGAGGCGAAGUCACUGGGACUGACUUGUGUAGGAUGAGGUUGAAAGUAAAAGAAUUUUGCAUUUUUUGAAUGAUAUAGUAAUAGACCUGCAAGGUUUUAUGCCUCUCCAAGAUGGCAAUGAUUUUAAUUUAACUGAGAGCUGAAUGCAGUGCUGAAAGUUUUAUUUAAAGUGAGACAGAAUAUACAUUUACUGCAUGAAGCAGCAUAUAAAUGAU